UUCGCUGUAGCGAUUAAAUAACAAAGAAAAAUUAAUUUUUCUAUAAAAACCAAACAUGUUUAAUAAAUACGCGCUAAUUGGCAGCCUGGUGCGCCGCUCCUUUGGCACCACGAACCAACUGAGACAGGCGAUUAAGAACCACCAGCCCAACAAUAUGGAGAAACGGUUUUUGGUAUGGAGCGGUAAAUACAAGUCGCAGGCUGAUGUUCCAGCAUUCGUCAGCCAGGAUGAGAUGGAACGUGUUCGCAACAAAAUGCGCAUCCGCCUGGCCAACAUCAUGAUUUUAUUGACAGUUGUCGGCUGCGGUAUUAUGGUCUACAGUGGAAAGCAGGCGGCAAAACGAGGAGAGUCCGUGACCAAGAUGAAUCUGGAAUGGCACAAGCAGUUCAAUGAGCUCCAGCCUGAGGGAGCUGCAGCAGCAGCCCCAGUCGCCACCAAAUAGGAAACAGAAAUAGAAACCCCACUCGCAUUGAUUGUUGAUUAUUUCUGGUGUUUCUUUGUGAAGUUUGUUUAGAUUGAAAUUGAAUUGGGAGAUAUUUAUAGACCUGCACCAUUAAUAAGAUUUAGUUAGACUUUUUCUUGGUAUAACCCCAUCUCAUGCUUGAUAUUCAGUGAUAUUUGUAUUAAAUGAAUGGAAUAAAUAUUUUAUGAGUA